AUGGCUUAUAGCAGAAAGUUACUCUUCCUAGCAGUGGCUUCACUGGCCAUAGUCCAAAUGGCUAUGGCUGGAGAUCCCGAUAUCCUGACAGACUUUGUAUUGCCAACAGAUUUGACAACAGUCGAUGGAAACUUCUUUACAUUCACUGGGAUGAGAGUCCUUGUCGGGGCUCCACCUCCUCCGACUUUCAAAGUCUUGAAAGCAAGCAUGGCAGAAUUUCCUGCCCUGAAUGGCCUGAGUGUUUCCUAUGCUGUCCUCAUCUACCCUGCUGGUACUGUAAACCCCGUUCACACUCAUCCACGGUCGGCUGAGCUCCUCUUCCUUGCUGAGGGUGCUCUCGAGGUGGGAUUUGUGGACACGACAAACAAGCUCUUCACUCAAACACUUCAGCCUGGUGACCUCUUUGUGUUCCCUAAGGGACUAGUCCAUUUCCAGUACAAUGCUGAUGCCAAAGUUCCUGCUUUGGCUAUCUCUGCCUUCGGGAGUUCAAAUGCUGGAACUGUCUCCCUUCCCAACACUCUGUUCAACNUGUUCAACACAAGCAUUGAUGACAAUGUGUUGGCUCUUUCUUUCAAAACUGAUGUCGCCACCAUUCAGAAGCUCAAGGCAGGCCUUGCACCCUAG